ACAGUCCUGAAGCUUAACCGUGAUCACAGACACCAGAGAACCAAAACAAACCCGUGGAGUGUGCUUCUGUUGGAAACUCUUUGAGGAAAUGACUGGAACAGCAUUCACCAGAGCAUGCAUCGCUCUCAGCCUGCUUAUACACACGGCAAUAUGCCAGGACUGCUCUCAGCCCUGUGAUUGCCCAGACGAGAGCCCAUUAUGUCCUGUAGGCACCAGUCUAGUGUUAGACGGCUGUAGCUGCUGUAAAGUGUGCGCACGACAGGCAGGAGAGCCCUGCUCAUUCCUGGAGCCAUGCGACCAUCAUAAGGGCCUAUACUGUGACUAUAGUGUGCUCAGUGACACAGAGACAGGCAUCUGCAUGGCUCAAGAAGGUCAGACGUGCGAUCUGGGUGGUGUGAUUUAUCGCAGUGGUGAGACUUUCCAACCCAGCUGUAAACACCAAUGUGUCUGCAUGAAUGGGGAGAUUGGCUGCGUACCAACCUGCGCAACCAUCAUACGGCUGCCCUCUCCAGACUGCCCCUACCCACGACGUGUCCAGAUCCCUGGCAAGUGCUGUGAGGAGUGGGUGUGCGACCAGAUCCCACAAGAAGACACCUUCCAGUCAGCUGUGGCUGCAUACAGAGAAAUUUCCGCUCACGGUCUCCAGCCUGAGAGUGCGAGGGACAACUGCAUCGUUCAGACCACUGAAUGGAGCGAAUGCUCUGCAACCUGUGGCAUGGGCGUGUCCUCCCGUGUAACCAAUGACAAUGAGCAAUGCCAGCUGGAACGACAGACCCGCAUGUGCAUGAUCCGCCCCUGCCAUGCAGAUCUAGAAAAGGACAUUAAGAGAGGAAAGAAGUGUGUACGAACCCCAAAAAGCCAGAGUGGGAUGCGUUUCGAGUUGUCUGGAUGCCAGAGCAUCAGGCUGUAUAAGCCAAAGUUCUGUGGUGUAUGUACAGACGACCGCUGCUGCACGCCUCAAUCCACCAUCACAGCCGAGGUGGAGUUCCGCUGUCCUGAGGGGGACUCCUUCAGAAAGAAGAUGAUGUUUAUUAAGACCUGCUCCUGUCAUCACAAUUGCCCCCGCGAAAACGAUAUCUUCCUUGCUUCAAACUCACGGAGAAUGAUCGGGGACUAUGAAAAUGACAUGUGAGGAGCGUCAACACACACACACACUCACACUGACAAUCAAGCACAUGUGCACACAAGGCAGCUCCGAGUUUUACUGGACCCUGAAAUUCUCACGUCUUGUGAGCAUCAAAAAAACUAGAACGUUUGACAUGAAGUGGGCACUGAUAAUGGCCCCCGCAAAACUUUCUUUUCUUCUCUUGUUUAUAUCUUGUGAAGCUCUGAAGUCAUCUGGCUGUUUGACUGGUCAUGCUAAAGCGGACCUGAAGCACUGAGAACUUUGUGUUAUUAGGAUAGUUCACUCAAAAAUGACAAUUGUGUCUUCAUUUACUCAAUCUGAAGUUGUUUCAAACAUACAAAUGGUUGCCAUUAGGGUUUUUUUUUAGGGAACACAAUUUCAAAAACAAACCUUGAUGAAGCUUUUUACCUAUACAGCAAUACCAAAAACUCAAAGAGCACCAAA